UUACCGAAAGAACCAAGAAUAUUACCAUGUUUAAUUGCAUGUUUACCACAAGUACCGUUGUGUGGUUAAUACCUUGCUAUUUGGCGUUUGAACACCUGCUGUUUUGUUGCCAAAAAGGCUAAAACCUCUUCUUAUUUUUUCAUACUUUGCUACUGGCAACAAAAAAGGUCCCAUUUUUUGGAACGAGGUUGUUUAUUUCGGACGUCUAUUGUACAGAAAUUAAUACUCCAUCCUGAAAUCAGAACGGGGGUGGGUGCUGAAACAACGGAAUAUAAAUCGGAAGGAGAGAGAAAAAAACUCACGAGAGAAUAAAUCUAAAAUAAUAUAAUCCAGGCUACUGGAGGAAUUUAUUAAAAACAAAAAAAAGGAUUUCAAACGUUUUAUUCUUCGUUUUAGUUUCAGCCAAUUUUAGCCGGCAAGAGACGCCGCGCAGGCGAGAGGGUCGGGGCGUGACGUCACUUCCGCUCGGGCCCAACUCCCGGCGAGCACCGCGCGCGGAGCUUCUUUUUUCCUCGUCGCCAUUUCCUCUUCGCCUUCUCCCGCCGUGCGGUGUCUGUCACCUCCUCAUACUCCUCCGCCUCGUUUGUAUCUCUCCCCCACCGCUCUCUCCCUCUCCUUUAGUUCGUCUAAUCGUCCUAGUCACCGUCUCACGCCUGCCGUGGUGUCUGUGCGGUGUGUGUGCGUGUGCGCGCGCGCGAGUUUGGUGCUGUGUGGAGCGCUUGUUGGUGUCGUCUUGAGUUCACGCCGUCGCAGCAUCGCCAUGUUCCGUCCUCGCGGGAACUCGAGCUUGCAGCAGCAGCAACAACAACAACAAUACCGCGCGUCUACUCCCUCUCCUCACCACGGCGGCUUCGGGCCCACUCAAGGCGGCCAGCAGAGCACCGCGACCAGUCCCCGAGGAGCCAUGCGCUUCGUCUCGGCGACGUCGCCGCAGACGGUCGGGUUUCAGCAGCAACAGCAGCUGAUGAUGAUGCUGUACCAACAGCAGCAGCAGUUCAGUCCGCAGCAGCAGCAGUUCAGUCCGCAGCAGCAGCAGUUCAAGCAGCAGUGCUUCCAAACGCCGUCGCCGCGGUUCAGCCCAUACGGACAGCAGCGGAGUCCUCGCGGUGCCCCGUGGCGCGGGGAGACGCCGAGGGGCCGAGCCUCCUGGCAACAGGGAUCACCAAGGAUGCCAGGCUCCCGCUCUCCGUGGCACGGCCGUGCGGACAGGGAGGCUAGUGUGGAUUGCUAUUACAAGAGCAGCAUGGUGCAGGACCCCUGGAGGGGCCUAGUGCCCGUGUCUGUAUCCGACGUGGAGGGCGGCAGGGACCGGGAGGUCAGUGGUAGGCACGCAGGACGCUAUUUUGGCCGGCUCACGGCCUAAAUUCGCUUCCGGGUACUGCAACCGUUCGUGCCCGCUAGAACAUUUGUCCUGGCGUGCCGCAGCCACAAGAGCGGGCUAUGUCGCCUUCCGAUGCAGCAGCAGCAGCACAUUCAGCAGCUGUUUGAUCAGCAUCACUCGUAAGGCGUAUUUUAUCGCUGAAAAAGUUUUUGUUUUCCCAAACAAAACGAGCUGUCCAUUUCUACAACACGAAGAAAUGUUCUUUGUAUCUGUUAUAAUCUCAGCAAACGUUUUACUACUACUACAGCUGCACGCAUUAAAAUGCAGUCACAAUGUAUUGACAUUUGUAAGAGUGGUUACAAAUCUCGUGUUUAAUACCAGAUAGCCCAUAGUUUACUUACGGCAGAUAUCCGCUUGGGAGUUGGGCCGUGAAGUUACAUCACACAAUAAACAAAUUGGUUAAUAUUUAACAUCACCUGAUCCAACUAAAAAUUGCGUAUGUUAACCAUCUGUGCACAAUGUUGGCUAAAAGGGGAAAUUCAACACUUCAAGACAACUUUUCUCAACAGAAACGUCCAUCUGCUGUAAAUUAUUACGGGAAAUAAUUUCAAACAGGAGGUACAUUUUGUGCAGUGUUCACCUCGGCAUGGUAUGUUUGAUUUUAUAAGCUAGCUAGGGUAUAUUUUGCUAAAAAAAUAGUUACUGCAUUACUUGAGCAUUUACCCCCAUGUAUUCAUGAGCUGUGUUAAUUGCAUGCAUUAGAUGUCUGACGCCAACACCAGCAACAUAAUUUUUGGUUUUAAUUAUGGGUUUGGUUUUUAAAGAGCUUAUGGUAAAUACAUGAAGCUAUUUCAUACAUUUAGUUCAACAUUGAGUUUUUUCCCCCCAAUAGGUGGUGUAUUUAUGUAUAUCAUGAAACAAGGGCAGUUGAUGACAUUGAUUAGUUGACAUUUUUGAAUGUAACUCCUGUAAUACAAAACAUUUUGUAGUUUUCUACCAUCACUUUCCUGUAUAAACAGUAGUAUUUAUUUUGACGAGAAGGCAGCUUUGCCAAUUGUUUUGUAAAUGUUACUGCUCAACAAAGAUAAAUAAGGGUUUUUGUAAUAAAGAUAAGUUUGUGUGUAUCAUUUAAAAUA